AUGAUACACCAGCUCUCUAAGAAGCUUACGCAAAGGCUUCCAUUUAAGCUGAAAGGAAUUGCAGUGUCAUCAGUAUUUCAUCCUACACGUUCCAUAUUCUUUGCUGUCACAAAGAAGAAUGUAAGAGUGUAUGAUCUGCUGAAGCAGAAAUUGAUAAAGAAGCUUGAGACUGGUCUCCGUGAAGUCUCAUCUAUUGCAAUUCAUCCUGGUGGUGAUAAUGUGAUUCUAGGAAGCAGAGAAGGAAAGCUAUGUUGGUUUGACAUGGACCUCUCAUCUAAACCUUACAAGAUUCUCAAGUCUCAUUCGAAGGACGUUACGAAUGUUGCAUUCCAUCGUUCGUACCCACUGUUCGCAUCAUCUUCUGAUGAUGGCACUGCAUAUGUCUUCCAUGGGAUGGUGUACUCGGAUCUUAAUCAGAAUCCUCUGAUUGUUCCAUUGGAAAUUCUUCGUGGGCAUACAACCUUUAAUGGAAGAGGAGUAAUGGAUUGCAAAUUCCAUCCGCGACAACCUUGGUUGUUCACUGCUGGUGCUGAUUCGUCGAUCAAGUUGUAUUGCCAUAAUUAA